AUGGUGACCAAGUGGCGGCUCUUCCUGUUUCUUGUGCUUGUUGUCAUUGUGGUUUACUCUCCCUCCACUGCGCUUGGGGUCAAGCACCAGCUCGUUUGCGACGGUGUUUGCGAUUGGAGCAACAAGGCGGUGUGGGACCCUCCGCAUGUGCCAAACUCCGACUCGGACGUGGUUAUCACUCUGGAGAGCGGCAGUGAUCUCAAGCUCACUUUGCCAACCGAUCUCCAGGCAACUGCUAGAUCGAUGAGUGUGACUCCAAAGGAUGGCUUUGGUGAGCUUGAUGCUUCAUUCUCUGUCGUAUGCGACUCAUCAAGCUCCAUUGCCUUCACGUCGACGGAGUCCUCCAUCGCUGCGCCCCGCCUCAACAUCAACUGCAUGCUCAACGGGCCAAUGCACUUUGGCCCUCAUCCAGUCGUUAACCUCAAGCUGGCGGCGGUGAAUGCGGCUUUUGAACAGUUAGGUAUUUACCUGAUGGUCCAGCUCUCGCCAUACAUCUCAACCCAGCCGUCGCAAUGGUCCUCCUCCAGCUAUCAAUUAUUCACCGGCCUAGUCAUCACCGAUCCAGCUGUCGAGGUGAUCUUCAUCAGUGGCUUGUUUGAUAACGCAAUCAUGUCUAUUCUGCGUGGGCCGGCGAGCCCCUCGGGUGAACCGCCGUCUCUCCCGCAAGUCACUUUCAACACGACGGCCACAAUCGGCGCCGAAGUGAGCAACAUCGACUUGAAGAUCGGCUCACAGGGCGCCGUCACGUAUGGCAAUACACUGUUCUCGCUCUCGUUUUCCGUCGGCUCCAUCGACGUCGACGGCGGCAAGCUGAUCUUCGGCGACGGCUACGACAUGGUGGUCGACCUGGUCAACCCGCGGUUUCUCGCCCCAAUCAACGUCCGCAACGGCGGCGAGAUACACCUCGGGAUCGGCACCAAAGUGACGCUCCGGGGGGUUUAUCCGCGGAUUAGCCAUGGAACAGUUUCAGGCCCUGGUACACUUGUCCUCGCCGGCAUCAGCCAGGCACUUGUUCGCUACGAUAUGCUGCGCGACAUGAUGUGCUCGGAUGCGGUGACCUACAUCGACAAGCCCGCUGUGAUGCUUGACAACGGCGGCUCGCCACAAGACUUUCUUAUCCCGCUCACAAACUGUGACUUUCUACAAAGCUCGGGUGCCGGCUUCAACCUGAGCCUCGUGUCGGCGAUGCUUGAGUUUGACGAUAACGCCGACGUUCAGCCGAACUUUCCGCCCUCGCCGACGCCACUUGUUCUGGGCUCGCAUCUCCAGGUCUCGAUGGUCAACUUUCCGUGCUUCAAGCUCGGCUACUCUCGGGUGAUCUUCUCAGCGCCCAAGAUUGUUGGCCACAUCGAGCGUGUGGUGGCGGACCGCCGCUUUGUCACCAUCAACGGCUUUGGCCUGGCAAGCGCCAUCGAGCACGACAGCGUGAUGGACCAGGACAAUGCGGUUGUGUACUGCACAAACGCGCCUGCACCGGCCGAGUGGCAGCCAUCGUCGCUGACCGCCAAGCAGAAGCAUCUCAUGCUCGCCAUCACCUGUGGCAUCUUUGUUCUGGCUGCUAUCGGCGCAUCUGUCUGGGUCAGGUCGUUUGGCCUCAACGAAGUGGCGCUCGACAUUGUGAAGACUAUCCGGCGCGGAUACCGGUCGAUCAAGUCUUUGGGCGGGUGCACUGUCCUUGCCGCGUUUGUCCUGACUGCAUUCCUUGCUCCCUUUGUAGUCGAGGGCGCAGUCAUGGCAGUCGCUGCCUUUGCGCUCCUUCCUCUCGCCUGGAUGGUGGCCAAGCUCGAGUCACGAGCGCUGCCGCUCUACUUUCUCAUUGUCCUCUUCAUCCACUUUGGCGGGCUUGCUGAUCUGCUUGCCGACAUUGCACUGUUGGUCAAGGUGGUCAUUGUCUCGCAGCGCGACCAGUACAGCGACUCGUCGUCGUCGUCAUCAUCGUCGUCGUACCGCGGUGUGCUUGGCGCAGAAAGUAGUGAGUCUGACGAAGACGAGGUCAAGGAGCAGCUCGAGACGACCUUUCUCAUUGUCCGGCUCAUUCUCACCAUUGUUGGCGUCAUCCCGUCGAUGGUGGUGUACAAGCUCUCGGCGGAAAUGAGCCGGGCAAACCGGAUCACUGCAAACCGGGCGGAGGGCUUGCCAGAUGACACAGACAAGAGCCGCGACCCGCCGGAUCUGACGUGCCAGAACGCUCCGAUGUUUUUCAUGAUGCUUGUGGUGUGGAAGAUCGGACUCGCGUUCAUCCGGGUGAAGAUGAUGUGGAUGAUGGUCAAGAGCAUGUUCCGCCACGGCUUCCGCACCCUUGAUCACGCCACCCACCACUCGAUUCAAAAGCUUGAGUCGCUACUCGCGCUUGAUUUGCUGUGGUCAGGCCUCCCGCUCGGCGUGCUCACCGCCACCGAGCUCAUCUACUUCAACGAGCUCUCGCACAUUGCUUGGGCCCAGCAGUUUGAGAUCAUCAAGCUCUCAGCGCUGGCCAUCGACUGCAUUGGCUUUUGCGCCCUCGUUUACAUGGGCUUUGCCCACGGCCCAAGCCAUGGCCACAGCCACAGCCACGGCGACGGCAGCGACCACGAGCGCAUCGACCACAGUGCCCCCAGUUUCCCUACCGAGCGCACCAGGCUCAUCAACCAUUGAACGCAUA